AUGCCCAUGAAUAAUAGCUAUACCACUGCUGUUGCAUCAACCCCUUCACCUAUCUUGUUCCCAGCAGGAUCACCGACACCCAAGCUGGCAUGUCAUACACCCAGCAAAAAGCCGCCUUCACCAUUUGACUGGGCAACCGAGUGCUUAAAGCAUCACGAUGAAGCUGAAUGUGAAGCAACAGCCAGCUGGCAUUUUGAAGAAAUCGAACGUAUCGGCAUGCAGUUGGAAACUGAUCCGAUGGUUUUGGAAAGGUUACGAGAAAAGGCAAAUCCGACACCAGAAGAGCGUUAUGUCUUGAAAUGGAUGGAUGAUACAAAGAGUGACAAUGAACACAACGCAUCGCUAUCAGAAGAGCAACAACAACAACAAGGUGUAGCAACCACACCGGCAGCUGUAAUCAUAUCAAGAGCUAGGAAUUUACGUAACUUUUUUACCCGAUUCACAACGAAGCGAUCAUAA